GACAGGAGGAUUGAGAAUUCAAGGCUAGCCUGUGAUACAUAACAAAUUCCAGGUCAGCCUGGGCUACAUAGGAAAACCCUGUCUCAAAAAUUUUGUGUGUUGUGGGAGUGGAGGUGAGAUGGCUAGGCUGUCAGUGAAAAUGACUGGAGAUAGCUGAGCAAGGGUAUAAAGACUCUUGAUCUUCAUAAUUAAGAAGUUGUCUUCUCAUUACUCUCCUAAGAGGCACACAACUGGCAUAGAUAAUGGGAAACUAAGACCCUGAAAGAAAAUAUUACUAGGACACAAAGUCAUUACUUACCUGAAAUUCUGGAUUUCCUUCUUCCCUAUGGUGGACAAAGCGGUCUCUCCAUCGGACUUAAGUCCUUUAAAGUGUUGUCUGUGAAAGGGGAUCCUAGAGACUACGGAGAAGGGCUGAUGUGUGAAUGUGGUGCCUGGCACAGAGUUGGUGCCUGUGAAUGGUAGUAGCUGUUACACUGAAUGCAAGAAUAAAGGCUGGAAUGAGUAUAAGUGAAGCCUCAAGUGCACAAAGGGUCAUAGAGGAUAGAAGAUGGGAUUUAUUGGUUACCAGGAGGAACUCCUUUAAAAUCAGGUUUGUUAAAAGCUGAGUAUGUAACUGAGGGAAACUGGAAUCUGCUUCCCCAUAUAACUUUAGAAAGGGAUGCCAAGAGGCCUGAGAGUCAAAACAUAUCACCUUGUUUGGUUCUCCUCACCAUUUUGGUUGUAGGUAUAUUUAGAGGCAGAAUGGUGUAGUAAUUAAAGUGGGCCUUGGAAUCAGAUAAAAUUAGGUUUGUAUCCUGCCUCUGGUAUUUACUGGUUACAUAGUUCGGAAAAAUUACUUGUCUUCUUUUAGCUUCAUUUUCUUUGUUUGUAAAGAGGGUAAUGAUAGUAUCUACCAAACUGGGUUGUCAUGAGAAUUAAAUGAGAUAAUAAAUGUAAAACACUUAGUAGUUUGCUGAGCACAUAUUAAGCACCAAGUAAAUGUUAAUUUAACUACUAUUAAUAAUCUAUCAUAAUAGUAAUUAUAAUAUGAACAGUGGGGCUGCCUUAACAGGGAGAUUUAUAAAAGAACAACUUGGCGCCUGAGGCGCCUAUGUAGAUUGUUACCAUGACUUUCUCUGUUAGCUGAAGGUUUAGGAGCAGUGAAGUCUUUUUUCAGCAUCAACCUCAGAGGAAGCUCCUGCUGCCUGAGUGGGAGGUAAAGCUGGAGCAGUGCAGGGGCCCUGAACUGUCAACUUGGAUACACAGUGAGGAUGUGGGGACUUAAGAAUAGUGUUUACUUAGAAAGUCAGCAUGACUCUGAUGUAAUGGUUGAGCAUCCUGAUUGACCUAAGUUGAGAGAUUUAGAUUCCUGGGUUCCCUUAUUUUAGUUCUCAGUCAGUAAUACAUCAGGAUCCUCAAUUUAUGGACUGUUCUUUUUGUUUAGUUGUUAUCUUUGUAAAAUGUUUGUCUCUGAGUAUCUUUUUCGCAAUAUUGUGUUAAGGCCCAGAGUUUAUGAUAUCUGUAAUUCCGUCUACCAUACUCCACUCCAAUAUCUAUGGUACAUAUCAGUAGGUAUGCUAAUAAAGCUUUAUUUUAAUUUUUUAUAGUACUGGGUAUAUAGUACUUUCUAGCUCUGUCACUUGAGCUGUUCCACCAGACCUUUUGUUUUUAUCCUGUUUUUUUAGAUAGGGUCUUUUAACUGCUUAGGCUGCCCUUGAUGUAAAGAGCCUCCUGCUUCCACCUCCUAAGAAGUUGGGACCAUAGGUGUGCAUCACCACACCCAGCCUAAUAAAGCUUUAUGAUAAUAAAAAGACAUGGGGAACAUUUGGAAAGUGCUCGACAAAAGUGAAGGCUUUGUACUAUGAAUUGGGAAAAGAAUUGAACAAGAAUCAAGUUCUCCAUUACCAGAGACAGGCUGAAACCAGACUGCCACUGACUCCCACUUGGGCCCCACUGUCCUCAGAAAGCAGUUGCUGGAAUCAUGGGCAAUAUCUUUGGAAACCUUCUCAAGAGCCUGAUUGGGAAGAAGGAGAUGCGUAUCCUGAUGGUGGGCCUGGAUGCUGCUGGAAAGACCACCAUCCUAUACAAGCUGAAACUGGGGGAGAUCGUCACCACCAUCCCUACCAUUGGAUUUAACGUGGAGACGGUGGAGUAUAAGAAUAUCAGCUUCACAGUAUGGGACGUAGGUGGCCAGGACAAGAUCCGGCCCCUGUGGAGACACUACUUCCAGAACACCCAAGGCUUGAUAUUUGUGGUCGACAGCAAUGAUCGGGAGCGAGUAAAUGAGGCCCGGGAAGAGUUGAUGAGGAUGCUGGCAGAGGAUGAGCUUCGGGAUGCUGUGCUCCUUGUCUUUGCAAACAAACAAGACCUGCCGAAUGCUAUGAAUGCUGCUGAGAUCACAGACAAGCUGGGCCUGCAUUCCCUACGUCACCGCAACUGGUACAUUCAAGCCACCUGUGCCACCAGUGGGGAUGGGCUGUAUGAAGGCCUGGACUGGCUGGCCAAUCAGCUCAAAAACAAGAAGUGAGAGCCAGGAAGCCCUGAUUGCCCCACCCACCCCUCACAUACCUGUUGUCUCCCUACCCCAGUCCUACCCGUUUCUUCCCAUUGCAAGUGUGGCUAGGGCCCUGGGUAUCAUGUCCGCAUGCCCAAAAAAGAGCCUUGCCUCCCCUUCUUCCCUUCCUCACCUCUUGGCCCUGUCCACUGACAUGACUAGUCCCUAGUUGCUGUCCUGAUGGUGAAUCAUUCCAAUUUACUGGAUUUUAAACAAAAAAACGAGGUUGUUAUGGUUUCAUGGGAUGGUUCCCCCUCCCCCCCACUCUUUGGGUUUCAGGAAGUAGAGUGGGGUAUUCUCCGUUUGCUUCGUUUGGCACUGGUUGCUGUGCUCUUAGCAUCUGAGUCCCUUCCCUGUCCCCCCAGGCCCCUGUCCUACUCCAUCUUUCCUUCGACACCCUUUGCCUAUUCUACAUGGAAAUUGCACGGGCCUCUCUGUGUGUGCGUGCAUGUGUGCGCCUGUAUAUACAUGUAUAGAGAGAUAUAUAUGUGGGGCCAGGGGGAGGGGGGACGUGCAGCUCAGGGCUUGCAGCCAGGACACUGCCCACUGGAGCCUGUCAUCUGCCCCUUCUGUGUUAGUGAGAUAAAGGUGGGAGGGUUUUAGUCAGGCUGGAAUGCCCCAGUUUGGGACUCAUUCCUCUCCUCUGCAGGCAUUCCUGGAUGAUAGGACAGAUGAUGGCUUCUCCAUCACCAUCUUCUACCCCUUUCUCCAUCCUUCUGAGGAUAGGGGAUGGCAUUAAUCUCUAGAUGUCUAUUCCCAAGGAGAUGUCAUGCUGCUCUGCUUUUAUGUGUGUCUUCCUCACACUCCAAGACCUGAAGUGUGAGAAGAAAGGAACCUACUCCUAUAGGCCCAGUAUCCAACUGAUUUUCCCCUACCAUCGUUAGAUCUGUUCCUCGGGACCUUGAGUGGGCAGUGGGGAUAGCAAGACUGAUAAGUGUUUGGUACCACGGCAUGGAGGGAUGAGGUGCAGUGUGGUGGGGAGGGCCUCAGGACCUCGUUAUUAGGAGAAGGUAAGGUAUGCCUUCCUGUGCCUCUCCCCCUUCUCCUGAUCUUGGGAGCUGAGUGGUUUCAUUUGUACUUUGUCAGAAAUUUUCUCACUUAGUAGUCCUGUUGGCCUGAUCAGGGCUGCCUGAGUGAUCUAAAGAGAAGCCAUGUAGUAGGGGGGUGACAUAGCAGACCUCAAUAUCAACCCUCCUAUUCGCUGAUUUUCUUCUUUCCAGUCCAGGACAAACUAAAGAAUAGUUUUUCUGUUGUUUACAGGCCCUCACACCAACCUUGCUGUCCCCUUCCCCUCAGCAGCGUUGUAUGGUCUUCCUCACCCACUUUCUAUAAAUGGGUUUGGGGGAUGAGUGGAGGAAAUAGGACCCUCAGUGGUUGUUGGCUCUGGUGGGAUGUAGUAGUCUUCAGAAUCCUCCCCGUUAUUAUGUAGUCGUUCAGAAGCUACUGCAUCUUCAGGGGCACUUGUCCCUAAGGUCAUGGCCUGGGUUCUGACUUCCGCAGUUGCUGUGAAACUGUGGCUAUUCUGUGGGCUCCUGUGUGUGCUGGCUGCAUUCUGAGCUCCAAGACAGCUACCUAUAAUCUUUCUGCUAAGGUCAGGGCCCAGGUUCCUCCAUAGCAUGGCUGAGGAGCCCCUUCCCAGAGGGCUGUUCUGAACUCCCCUCCAUGGGGCCAGGCUUCCUGACACCUUUGUCUACAGCAGGCUGCACUCCCAACCCCACCCCAGAUUCAACUAUGAAAGAGGUUCCAGGGGUGUCUCCCUCAGUGCCAGUUACUUACCCAAGAUACAGUGGGUGUACGCAGGUGUCCUGCUCUCUAGGCCUUUGUGUAUUUUGUGUGGGUAUGUGUGGGUGUGUGUGGUGUGUGUGGGGGGUGCUGGAGGUUCUAUUUCAUUUUAAAAUGGAUCAUUACUCUGAUUUCACUGAUACAUCCCUCCAUACUUUUUCUUUGCUCUUUUUCUGGAUUUUUUUUUUUGUCCUGCCCUGUUGCAUUUUUCUCUCUGAACUCUCCUUUGCUUUCUCAAUUCAUUCACUAUUUGUUUUCCUGACCCCCCACCCCCCAAUUUAUGAUGCCCUGCUCCUCUGUAUCUUUGUGGUUGGUGAGGACUUUGCCUCUUUUCCUGCCUUGUUCCCUAUUUGACCCUCUCUAGUUAGAUGCCAUUUCCAAAUAGGCUUUCCUCAUUUAGGCCUUGCCCCCUCCCUCUUAUUUUUUGGGGCUCCAGAGGCCAAUCUGAGGCCAUGGGUAUUAGGAAGCAGCCUUGCAGAUUGCCUUUGGUGCUGCUCCAGGUAUGUCCAGCAGCAGGUAGUAAGUGAUCUUAGUAGCAUCUUUGGCCCCAUGGCCCUUGGGUAGGGGUAUCCUUUUUAAAUUCCCAUUCAUCUAGCAGCUCUUUUGGGAUUGGGUGUUUCAUUCCAUUUCUGCCCACUCCCUUCCCUACUUUCCUCAGGUGGGUUUAAUUUUAUGCUUUCUCCUUGUUCCAAUAUUCUUCCUGGGAACUUCCCCUUCCCCCAACCUCCAAAGUUUGUUUGUGGUGUUAUAGUGGUAACUGCAGUUCUGAACUGGUUUUUCUCUUCUUCCCUUCCCCCCCUCUGGAAUGUAGACUGUAUAUGUUUAAUAACUCACCUUCUCUGUCAUUGCUCCAAAUGUGGGAUAACGAAAUGACUGUGACCCUGGUUGGAAAUUAAACUUGUUUUAUGCA